AUGGUUCUUUCAGAUUCUUUCUUGACAGGUGGAUUACCUGAGAUUGAUCGAAGGGUCGAUUUAUCUACUAAUCUUACCUUGCUAUUGGAUGAAGAUCCCGCUUUGUUGGAUGGAUCUGGUUUGUUUGAUCAGUUCCACGAAACAUGGCGUGGAGCCUGGACUUCCCCGCUUGAACUUCCUCUUCGGUACUGUUAUCUAUGUACCACUGCUGCCCGGGCAUUACCUAAGCUAUCCGUGCAUGCGCUCUGCCGUGAGGGCUUACCAGAUUUCAAGAACCUGGUAGAGUUGCUUAAUUUGGAGAAAGAUACAUGGUCUUUGGUGUCUGCGUUAUACAUCGAUCGCUUAGAUUCCGCUACUGAGGGUCCAUCUGCUGAUGAACGAAUAACUCUCUUGGGAAACAAGCAAGCACACAGCGACUACACGGCCGUUCGGCAUUCAGAACGAGAGAUUGUCAAGUUACUGUAUGAGCGUGACAGCAAAUUACGAGAAACUCAAAUGCUUAUCGAUUGGUUAGAACGCCGCGUGCGAGAACACAUAGAGGAAGUUGCUGAAAAAUACGAAUGUCUGUUUAACGAGUCCUCCACCUGGGAGAACACAGCCCAUGCUCUCUCGUACCUGCCUCCAUCGGGGUUGAAAGCCAAAAACCUACCUCCGCACCUGCAUCCAGACGCUACUUCUUGUACCGGUACUCAGCUGGACUCUGAAGACCAAGCCCGCAACGAUCGAUAUUUGCACUAUCUGUUUUUGUGCAUUCGUGGCGGGGAUAUGCAACGUGCUCAACGCUUAUGCAUGCAACGCGGUGAAUUCUGGCGUGCGGUCUCCUUUGAGGGUUGGCGCCCUUUCCACUAUUCGGGUUUCGUUGUCUCUUCGCAGUCAGACCGAUCUUUUGAUCAAAUGGAUACACAUAGUAUGGAUGUUGCCGAUCGAUCUGAGUCAACCCUCAUCACGAAAAUUAACAGGAACAGAGCGACCGGUGUUACAGACGAAAUUAUGGGUAAUACAAACAGAAUACUCUUCAAGUCCGUGUGCUGGUGCAAUGCUGAGAACACUAGCCUCUCCUCACAUGAACGUGCCAUAUACGCAGCUCUGUCCGGAAAUCUACAUGUGUUGACCAGUUUGCUGCCAGCUUCCUGGACAGACAUCACUUGGGCUCAUUGUCGCGCGAUGGUUGAAGCUCGCGUCGAUUCCAGUUUGCGUGGCUUACUCCAUACUGGGCCCAGGGCCAAUACACUAGCUGUCACUGGAAAAACAUUACCUUGCUGGCCUCCAGAUGGUGCACUUUGCUUGCCAGAGUCAGCCUGGGGUCCAAAGGACUGGUCGGUUUCUGAUUUGUUCAGCAGAGUGGAAUCCUGCUUAGGUUGGUCCGCCCUCAGUUGCCUCCAGUCCACAGCGUCCGCUGUUUCUCUUGGUGUGGUUCGAGGCUCUUCCAUGAACGAUUUCCUUUUGGCGGAUUCAUCUCAGUGUCCCACAAAUUUUCGUUAUGGCGAAAAGGGAGUGGGUGGCGAACCCUCACUCUCGGUUCUGCUCUACUGCAUUUUUUACGCCACGCACCAAGCUCUGAUGCUACGGGAAUACGAUGAUUAUCUACUCGCCGUGGCUGGCGUAAUGCCUCGCUUGGUAAUGGCUGCUUUAGGGCACUGCAACGUAAACGAGGUCGAUAUUUUACAACCCCCAUCAGUUAUUCGGUCAAGUGGUAUCCAAAACACAACCGUCAGCCAAGUUUUGCGAUUUGCGGCGCAUUUGGUUCUAUUUCUCCGCUCUGUGGAACCUUGCAUCCCUGAUGAACCGUGCGCUCAAAUCUUGAAGGCCUAUUUAUCAGUAUUGAUGAUCGAACGUCGUGCAGAAGCAAUGGCCAGUUACGCAGCUGCUCUUCCCUCGACGGCAUCGCAAGUCGACUGGUACUCGUCAUUUUUAGCAGACAUCGUGGAACCCAAUGAACGUGAGCGUUGCCUCGCGUUGGCUGUAUCCUCCGGCUUCAAUGUGCAACAGCUUACACGAGCUGUCGUUCGCUUGCUGCGUGAACGCCAGUUGCUUUUAUCUUUCCCCACGCCUACCAGUCCAGCAAGUGUGGUGAGCGGAAGUGUGGCCCGCACCACUGGUCCUCAACGAACUGCCAAGGCCAAAGCACAUUUGGCUUCCCUAUUGCAGGACGAUCAGCACUCCAAUUUGUCCGAGAUUGAUCGAAUGCGCAUCAACUCUCUUGACUGGUUGUUUUAUGACCCUCGACAACGCGGGGAGGCGCUGGUUGUUGCUAAUAGUUUACUGCGCACGUUCAUUGCCAUGAAUUGUUUGAAAGCCGCUGAACAGAUUAUUUCCAAGCUUCCACCAGGGACUUUGGGACGCGCGAAGAUCAUUUGCGAGAAUUCCGCAUCUCCAAACUGGCUUGUGAACACUAUUCGUGAACACGAGUGCCUAGUACUGUAUUUGGAAAGCCAAGAUGCAUUUGCGGACUGGUUCAGACAGGCCAAUUCCAAUCGCCCACAACCACCAGCAGAUUUGACCAGCAGCGCGACAUCAAUGUACGGUUCCAGAGGGUUCACCGAACGAUUACAGGCGGAUGAGUCCAAACGAAUGUACGAAGCGCGCUUGGAACGUUGGCGUCAUGUGCUGCGAUUGGACACGGAAACGGCAGCAGAAAAAUUGUUGGCCUUGCUGACCUACCCCGCACCUGGAUGGCUAGUUGAUAUCGAAGACACCGGGAGGAAGAAUGUUCACCCCCUGGAUUCUGAAGAAAUCAUUGACGAUCUGAUUGAAGAUUAUCGUGAACACCGUCGUAUCGAUGGGGAUGGUGGAGAUGUAAUCCAACCUGAAUCCCAGUGGGCUUCACCACCUGCGUUGUCGGAACUUGGUGAUAGUGCAAGUUCGAGACACAUGCAAAUGCAGGUGCUUCGGGAGAAUUGUCUCACGGACGCCGUUUUCCUACUUGUCAAACUUUAUCAGAAUGCUGAAAUGCAUGAGCAUUGUGUCCGACUGGCAGACCUUGUGGCAUCUAAGGAACACGGUAUUUUCAAACUUUUCUCAAAAGUUCAGCUUCGACAGUUUUUCGAUCGCCUAAACGAAUCCAUUGAGCAUUUAGUGGCAUCGUUCGGCGAUCCACUCGGCUAUCUGACGGAGGGAUCUGAUCCUACUUUGGAGCAGCUGGCCGCCCAGGGCUGGGUAAUCUCCCAGAAGGGCUUUGAGGAAUGUCUCAAGAAAAUGGAAGCUGAGUCUACCGACAAUAUUGCGUCACAUUUGUUGGAUACUGAUCUGCGUGAACUCGGUGGCAAUUGGAUCGCGAAUCAUCGCCAGCAAGACCAGCUGGAUGCCGGUGGUCGUAUUGUACAGAUUAUCCGGGUUCGCAAUAUAGCUUUACCACAAAUCGAGGAGGACAGUUCGUCCGCCACCGCCGCAGGUGGACCCCGAUUGUUGCGAUUAGCUCUGACAGAUGGAACGACUACCGUAUCUGCGUUGGAUAUCGAAAACCAUGAUAAGUUAAGUACCAUCACCACUCCGGGAACGAAACUUCGUCUUUCGGGUCUCAUUCCAAUCAGCCUUGGCUUCCUCCUUCUCCGGAAAGCUCAAGUACAGGUCCUCGGAGGUAGUGUUGCCAAUCUUCUCAAGGAAUGGACCGUUAACAAGAUGUUUGGAAGUAGUGGUAGCCGUUACAGCAGUGGUGCACCUCCUUUCGUUCCCUUCGGUAGCCGUGAGGCUUUUGACUUGAUCCAGUUAGAACGCAAAUUUCUCCAGUCGAUUCGAGAUCGGAACAGAACAGAGAAUGCGUUCGACUCUUUCAAAUUGGCGACCAGCUCCAACACAGCCGACAAGGAAAACGAGUUCGACGAAUCUUUUAAUGAACGUCGGAAGGAUGUGAUAGCCAGAGUGAAGUCGGACCAGACUAACUAUUCCGCUAAAUUUCGGUUCCAUGCAGGAGGGUCUAAGUUUGCUGACUUACGUGCGGAGAAAAUGCAAGCGUAUGAUGAGUCACUGGCUCAGUUGAUUUCUUUGGGUUUUGCAGCUCCGUUAGCCAACUCAGCUUUGAAAAUCAACAAGGGCGACUACAAGGCUUCACUGGACUAUCUACUUGCUAAACAAGUAUCCAGCUCAAAACUAACAGAGCAAAGAGUGGACAGUGCGACUUCGCGAGGCCGAGCUAGAGGAAAGCAAACUCGAAGACGUGCUAUUAUAGAUUUGCCAGAAGACGAUCCUCGCUUUGAUCCGGCCGCCGCUGCGGCCGCGGCUGGAUUGCCUGCUCGCCCAUCCACUGGUCUAAUGCGGUUGGAUGAUUUGAUGUCCGGCUCGAGCAGUCGUUCCUCCAAAGCACCGGGCGCCAAUGCACUUGUCCGUCUACCAAUUGGUUGUCCGAUUCUGGCCCCCAAUAUGUUUGGCAGUUACGAAGAAGCUCAGUUAAUCGGCUCCGUGACUCGGUCCGUGGGCACUUCAUCUGCAGAUAAGGUGGCAUUGGUUGUCUAUACUCGCAAAUCAGCGGAUGGUUCCACUCACAUGGACGAAGAACUGGUCCCCAUUGACUUGAUCAGGACCCUGAACAAUGAGAAGAUUACUUUCGACAUGCUCCCUGUGGCUCCUGGGGGUACUUCUGCAACUCAUUCCGUCGUGAAUAUGACUCACCAAGAGAAUUCCCAUUCAGAUUUCACCAACGGCUAUCCGCGGUCUUACCAACAAACUAGAUCCCAACGCACUGAAUCGGGAUACCGACCUCGAGGUCGUUCUUUUACACGAAUGAGACGUGGACCCCGAUGA